ACCUCAAGUGAUCCACCCGCCUUGGCCUCCCAAAGUGCUAGGAUUGCAGGCGUGAGCUACCGCACCCGGCCCCCAGUAAAAUCUUUUAUGAAACAACUCAGGGUAAAAAUCUAGCUGUUGGGGAGGCCAGGAAAAUCCCCCUGCCUAGUGGCAGGCAGCAGGACUUGAAGGCCAACCAGCCUCGCCUGGAGACAAUUAGUGUGUGGCACAAAACCACAGGAAUGAGGCAGCAGCCAUGUACUCUGCUCACAACUCACAGCUGUCAUAGCUCUUCACACACAACAGGUUUCUUCCUAGUAAGGGUGGAGCAAAAGAUUCCACACUGAUGUACUAGAAAAUCAACACAGUUAACAUUUACAAUUAGACUCCUUCCCCGUGAGUAGAGACUGCAAAGCCAGACGGAGCUGGCCUGGCCACCGCCACUGCCACCGCCAAUGAAAAUGCCUUGGGAAACGCCAAAAGUGCUUGCCGCUAAACACCAUUGUCAGCUAAAGGGAAAAAAAUCCCUUUUAAGGAAAGUAACUUCAAUAGGCUCCUUUUCUGCCAGGACCUCCAAUCCCUCUGAACAGAAGCCGAACCACAGACUGCCGCACGUAUGUCUGGGUCCUGGCUUUUCUUCCCUCACCCCUCCGCAGAGCUGCAGCACCAGUUGUUAGCCAAAAAUAAACACCAUUCCUCAACCAUAUAUGUCCACCGGCCCAGAGCCGGGGAGGAGGAGAGCAGGCAGGUCAGCCGUCCCCUGGCUGCAGCUGCGCUCACAUGUGGCCACUGCUCACCAUGCACAUAACCCAGCUCAACCGGGAGUGCCUGCUGCACCUCUUCUCCUUCCUAGACAAGGACAGCAGGAAGAGCCUCGCCAGGACCUGCUCCCAGCUCCACGACGUGUUUGAGGACCCCGCACUGUGGUCCCUGCUGCACUUCCGUUCCCUCACUGAACUCCAGAAGGACAACUUCCUCCUGGGCCCGGCCCUCCGCAGCCUCUCCAUCUGUUGGCACUCCAGCCGCGUGCAGGUGUGCAGCAUCGAGGACUGGCUCAAGAGUGCCUUCCAGAGAAGCAUCUGCAGCCGGCACGAGAGCCUGGUCAAUGAUUUCCUCCUCCAGGUGUGCGACAGGUGCCCCAACCUGGCGUCUGUCACGCUGUCGGGCUGCGGCCACGUCACCGACGACUGCCUGGCCCGCCUCCUGCGCUGCUGCCCACGCCUGCGCGCACUGCGCCUGGAGAACUGCGCGCGCGUCACCAACCGCACGCUGGCGGCCGUGGCGGCGGACGGGCGCGCGCUGCAGACACUGCACGUGGACUUCUGCCGCAACGUGAGCGCGGCCGGCCUGCGCCACCUGCGCGCCGCGUGCCCGCGCCUGGCCCUGCGGGCAGAGCACAGCGCAGCCAUGCUGCCCGACCAGCCCCCGCGCCCGCGCGCGCCUGCCGCGGCCCUCGGCAAGCUUCUGCCGCGCUAGACACCGACCUGCCGCGGCCCCCGGGGAAGGAGCGCAGCCUCAGACCGUCCUGGCUGCGAACCCAGCUCUUCCACCUUGCAGACCACUACCACAUCUUCUGAGCCUCAUUUUCCCUGUCUGCACAGUGGGAAUAAGAAAGCCUACCUCACGUUAAGAUUUUAUACAUAGGAUAAACCCAAGAUUAAAUGGAUGUUUGGAAAACACUCAGCUGGUUCUCACUCAACACCACCUCCUUUCCCCUCUUGCUUACGCCCCAGGCUUUCUGCUGUGCGCUCCCCACGGCGGCGGGAGGCGCCUGCACCUUCCUCGGGGACUCCGAUCGCCGUUGAAUCGAAAUCACCUCGGUGGGGAGGACCUGACCACUCGGAGUUCGCGGGCUUGCGCGCAGGGGUGACUGGGGCCAGGGCUGCCGCGCGCAGGGGUCUGGAGAGCCUCCGGGCAGAGCGACCCCGCGAGAUUCUGUCGGCUCCCGGAGUGCCCUGGGGACCGCCGUCUCCAGGGCCCCCGGUAGUGAUCUCGGUAAAGCACCAGGAGGGGAAGCAGGGGCAGAAAGAGCCACCACAGGCGCUUCUCUUUGAGGUUUUGCCCGCACGCGCGUCUGCCUGCCCACCUUUCUUGGGGCGGAUGCGCUCCCGGAGUGACCGCACUCGCGAUUGUAGAAAAUUCGCUCCCAAUUGUUGAAUGCUUACAUAAACUGCAUAGUUACCCAUAUUUUCUACUGUUCUCAUA